UGCCAUCUUAUCUCGAUCCUUCCCGCCUUCGAGAUAAGAGAUAAAUCUGGUGCAUCACUUCUCAGUUCAGAACUUCAGAUACCUCGACGAGCCGAGCUGAACGGCAUCAGUCGACCACACGUCACGCACACACCAUGUCCGGCGGCGACACAGCGUCGGCAGCGCACGUCGUGGAGGACUUCUACGGCGUCGUCCAGAUCCUCAGCGACGGCACCGUCGUCCGCGGCGUCGAGGCCGCCCUCCAGCCACAGGCGACGUACCCGGCCGUCCCAGGCGUGGAGUGGAAGGACGUCGUGUACCACGCGGCGCACGGCCUUCGCGCCCGCGUCUACAGGCCGUCCUCGUCGGUCGCCAAGCUCCCGGUGCUCGUGUACUUCCACGGCGGGGGCUACUGCCUCGGCUCCUUCGCGCAGCCCAUGUUCCACACGUUCUGCCUCCGCGCCGCCGCCGAGCUCCCGGCCGUCGUGCUGUCCGUCCAGUACCGCCUCGCCCCCGAGCACCGCCUCCCCGCCGCCAUCGAGGACGGCGCCUAUUUCCUGUCCUGGCUGCGCGCCCAGUCUGAGCUCGCCGCUGACCCGUGGCUCGCGGAGUCGGCCGACUACGCACGGACCUUCAUCUCCGGCGUAUCAGCCGGCGCCAACCUGGCACACCACGUCACGGUCCAGGCCGCCUCCGGGAAGCUUCCCGUCCAUCCCCUACGCGUCGCAGGGUACGUCCUCCUCUCCGCGUUCUUCGGCAGCGCCGAGCGUACGGCGGCGGAGGCCGAACCGCCGGCGGACGUGUCCCUGACGGUCGACAUGUCCGACCAGCUCUGGCACAUGUCGCUGCCGGUCGGGGCGAGCAGGGACCACGCCGUGGCCAACCCGUUCGGCCCGGACAGCCCCAGCCUCACGGCGGUGGACCUCCCGCCGGCGCUUGUGGUGGUGCCGGGGAGCGACGUGCUCCGCGACCACGUGCGCGGGUAUGCGGCGAGGCUGAAGGACAUGGGGAAGACCGUGGAGGUCGUCGAGUUCGAGGGAGAGCAGCACGGUUUCUCCGUGCUCCGGCCAUCCGGCGAGGCUCUCAAUGAGCUGAUGCGAGUCCUCGGACGAUUCGUGCACACAGGUCACAUGCAGCGACUGAGCGGUCAUGUGCUGUGAUGUGAUCUACACUCAUGCUUUGUGUU